AUCAUACAGUGUGCAUACUCCCAAAACAUAAUUUCGAUGUUAUUAGGAAAUUAACCUCUUUAUGUACACACCAUACGUUAAAACGACUAAAUUUUAGUUUGGAAAACUUGGAAAAAUGUCUUCUACAGGUAAAAAAGGCAAAAAGAACAAAGGAACUGUAAUAUCAUUGCAAUCCUUCCUUUCCAAUACUGAUGCUCCAGCCGGAACUACGCAAGUUUCAAAAAAAAUAAGAAAUUUGGACGGUGAAGACAGCGACGAUGGAAGUUGCACCUUACCUUUGGUUUAUCAGCUGCCUACUGCUCCCCGGGCCAACCGAAUAUUUGAUGACAAUUCCAUUCCUCAUAAACCCCCAUUCAUUGCAUAUAUUAAUAACUUGCCAUUUGAUGCAAAUGAAGUCGAUUUAUAUGAAUUCUUCUCCGGAAUUCAUUUGAUUUCAUUAAGAUUACCACGAGAAGACGGCGAAAAUGGUCGAUCACGUGGAUUUGGUUACGUGGAAUUAGAAACGCGGGAUGAUUUAAUUCAUGUACUUAGUUUACCAGAUCCAUCUAUUAAAGGUCGUCGAAUUCGAAUAGAACUUUCAAACGAAAACGACCAACAAAAUCGUCAAAAAAGCAAUAGGCGUUUUGAUGGUUUUGGAAAUAGCGGUGAGAACAGAGACUCUGGAAAUUGGAGAAGAGAUAGUCAAAAUAAUAGUGGAAAUUUUGAACGAAACUUUAACAGGGACAGAAAAUCUGUUAACGAAAAAGAAGAUAACACACCAGGAUCGUGGCGCACAAAUGCUAGGUCGCAAACUUUCGAUUCGUCGCCUAUUCGUAGAGAUGAACCACUAGAAAAUUAUCGAGGAAGAAUAGGAGACCGCUAUGCUCGAGAAGACAUUCCCAAUUUUGAGGAAAGACCAAAACUAAAUUUAAAACCGCGAACUUUACCAUUACCUGAAAUAGGAAGUUCUAAAUUGGAGAAAAUCAAUGUCAAUGAUAAAAAUGACACUAAAAACAGUGGAACUCCAUCCUUAAAUGUUUUUGGCUGUGCUAAACCAGUUGAUACAGCAUCUAGAGAACUGGAGAUUGAAGAACGUUUAGCUGUAGCACGACGACAAGAUAAAAAUCGCCAAGAGGAAAACCUUUGUGAGAAAUUCGACGAUAUCCAAAUGGACAAAAAUGAGAAUGAAAAUGUUAAUGCAGCAGUGAACUGGCGUCAAAACCAAGAUAAAAAGGAUGAUUUAAAAAUCAAACAGAUUCAGGAUGGAAAACGCCGUGAUGAAAUGACUUAUACCAAGUCGAAUCAACCUCGUGAUUCCUUAGACAGAUCUGAAGCUUCCAAAGGAAACGACUUUAAUGGAAAACAAUUUCAGGAAGAUAAUAAAAACAAGAAAGAUUCGCGAAAUGACCGAUCACUGCCGAAGUUUAUACCCCAGACUGGACCUGUGCUUGAAUCAUCUAACAAAUAUUCUGGACUUGACGAUGAAGAAGAGUCUGAAUAAAAAUAUAUAUGUAUACAUGUUUUUUAAAAAUAAAUUCAAAUAAAUAAAAAAAUAUAGGUCGCA